GCGAUUUCUCCAGCGCUUACUGUCGCGCUGCUGACGUCAUGAGGGCAGCGGCCAAUGAGGCGGCGGGAGGGGGCGGGCCGCUUGUGUUUGAAUUGGGCGGCAGGAGGUGGCGGCGGCGGUUGGCCCGGCCGCGGAACCGAGCGGACCUGAGAACAGAUUCAGCUGUUUGAUCUCGAAGAGUCUUGGAAUUGAAGAAGGAGAACAAAAGGGACAUUGUUAUGUCUGCUGCUAAGGAGGAAGUCUGUAAUCAUGUGAAAGUGGUGGUCCGUGUCCGCCCAGAAUCUCAAAAGGAAAAAGAUGGCAACUUUAGCAAGGUUGUUCACGUUGUUGACCAGCAUAUAUUGGUCUUUGAUCCAACGGAGGAAGAAGUUAGCUUCUUUCACGGGAAGAAACAGACCUAUAGGGAUAUUGCUAAAAGAAAAAAGAAAGAUCUUAAAUUUGUGUUUGAUGCUGUUUUUGCUGAAAGUUCAUCCCAGAUGGAAGUUUUUGAGCAUACUACAAAAACUAUAAUCGAUGGCUUCUUAAAUGGAUAUAACUGCACAGUGCUUGCAUAUGGUGCAACGGGAGCUGGGAAAACUCAUACAAUGUUAGGUUCCUCUGAAGAUCCUGGAGUGAUGUAUUUAACCAUGAUGGAACUUUAUAAUUGCAUGGACCAGAUAAAAGAAGAUAAAAUAUGCAAUGUUGCUAUCUCUUAUUUAGAAGUCUACAAUGAACAGAUCCGUGAUCUGCUGGUCAACUCAGGACCUCUGGCUGUUCGUGAAGAUACGCAGAAAGGGGUGGUAGUACAAGGGCUAACAUUACAUGAGCCUAAAUCAGCAGAGGAAAUCCUUCAAAUGUUGGACUAUGGAAAUAAAAAUAGAACACAGCACCCCACAGAUGUAAAUGCCACCUCUUCCCGGUCCCAUGCUGUCUUUCAGAUUUAUCUCCGGCAGCAAGACAAAACAGCUAGCAUCAAUCAAAACGUUCGCAUCGCCAAGAUGUCCCUCAUUGACCUGGCAGGAUCCGAACGUGCCAGCGUGACUAAUGCCAAGGGGGCUCGCUUCAGGGAAGGGACCAAUAUCAACCGCUCCCUGCUCGCUCUUGGGAAUGUCAUUAAUGCCUUGGCAGAUCCAAAGAGCAAUAACAAGCACAUUCCUUAUCGAAACAGCAAGCUCACUCGUUUAUUGAAAGAUUCUCUCGGAGGGAACUGCCGAACAAUAAUGAUAGCUGCUGUUAGUCCAUCUUCCAUGUUCUAUGACGAUACCUACAAUACUCUUAAGUAUGCAAACCGAGCCAAGGAUAUCAAGUCUUCUUUGAAGAGCAAUGUUGUUAGCUUGGACAGUCAUAUAAGCCAGUAUGUUAAAAUCUGUGAUGAGCAAAAGAAAGAGAUCCUAAUGUUGAAAGAGAAACUAAGAGAAUAUGAAGAAAAGCAAGCAAGUAUCCCUAGUAGUCAUAACGCUGCAGUACUUUCAAACAACCAGCAAGCAGAAAUACAAAGAUACAAAGAAAUCCUUAAAAAUGUGUUCUCAAACCGUGAGGAGAUCAGAAAAGAAUACCUCAAGUUGGAAAUGCAACUGAAGGAAAACACACUGAAGACACAUUACCAGAAAAAGUGUCAUGAACAAAUUCAACUCAUAUGCUCUGAAGAAAGAGUAGAAAGGGCCACUUGCAAGCGGGAUCAAAGGCUUGCGAUGCUUAGAACCCACCGCUUACACAUGCAGAAGAGGAAAGAAGAGGAGGUUCAACACUUCGAAGAAAAUAACAGUUGGCUGCAUCGUGUUGAAAAUGAAAUGUGCCUCCUGGGUCAAGAUGGGUGUAUGCCAAAGGAACUCAGUAAAGAUCUGCAGUGUUGCCAUUUAAACCUAGAAGUCAAGGAUCUGAAAGCCCAGAUCAAGCACAUGUUAUCUCUGGUGGCCCUUCAAGAUCAGCAUUAUAAGCAGACAGAAAAAGUACUAAGUACUUUGCUUCCAGUUCUUCGUAAGCAAUACCUGACUUUGAAAGAAGCUGGAUUGACCAAUAAUUUAACUGAGACUGAAUUUGAAGAGGUUGAGCAGCUGAUUCAAAGACAAAAAUCAGUAGUUUGGGCUGACCAGACUGAAGAAAAUGAACAAAAUCAAAACCAUGAACUAAAGUUGCUGACUGUCUUGGCAUUCCCACAACUUUUGAGCAGACCAAACACCCCAUGCCGUUCAACUUCUUGUACACCAUCACAAGAAACUAAUAAAAAUACAUCAGAACUAGGAGAAUAUGCAGGACCACCACAGAAAAGAACGAAGCGGAGGCUGAUGGACUCUCCAGUCACAGUUCAAACUCCUGUUGCUCACAAGCAUUCCAGUCUCCAUCAUCUAGAGGAUUCUCUUACCAAGGAGGUCCACCCCAUAAUAUACACACCAGAAGUUUGCAGAAAGCCGCUACAAAGUUGCAAUACACAAACUGUGGUAAAGAAAGCUUUACCCCUUGCAGGCUUCCAGGAAAACAAUGUGUCUACUAUAGAUAUGCCAGUGAAAAAGGCAAGUAUGAUGGACUCUGCAUCUGACAUAAUCCAAGAGCACAACGAAGAUGACAUGAACACAACAGUAACUAUCUGUGAAAGGACAGAUGAAAUAACUGAAACGUCUAGGGACUCAUCUGUGAAGGAGUUAAAACCACCCAGUAACAGCAUUCUGCAAAGACUUAAUAUCUCUUCCUUAAAAAACAAAAAUUCUACUUCAGCAUUUGAGACGCCCUCGUAUAUGGCCAUGACGUCUGCUGCUGAGAGCAAAAGGAAAAUGUUAAGUUGGACAUCAAACACUGCAUUGGGCAGCCUGCAAGACCCUGUUUCUGCAAAACGCAUUCAACAGCAGGUCAUGUUAAGCCGUGGAGCUUUGAGAGUACCCAAAAUGACUGGAAUUAAAAGGAGCUGGAAGCAAGAACAGGAUGAGUCAAACCUAGUUAGAAGCUGUUCUGAAGGAAAUGUGGCAUUGGGUGUGAAGUCAAGGACAUCAAAAAAUCUUUUACUUCGUGCUUGUAAGAAAAAAAAUAGGAUUUAGUUCUGAGUUCAUCGGUGUUUAAAGCAGGAUUGAUAAGAUAACAAAUGAACAGGGAUACUCUUGUUAUUUUUGUGUUGAAGAUGUCUGUCUCAGUAAUGCACUAUUUCAGAGAACCACUUUUUGGAAAUACAAGGAUUUUGUUAAAUUGUAAAGUAAGUUCUCUUAUUGUCUCCUGUUAAAGCUUACAAAUCUGUAUUUUAAGAAAUGAAAAAAAAAAUUCAUUUAGAUUUGGGAAUGGGGAAGUGCAAAUUACUCCUUUUACCGUAACCUUUGUGAGCAUUUUCCUCGGUUUGUGACUAACAGAUAAAUACUUCAGACAAUGCAAGUGUUUAAAGGGAUCAGUGGUGCUCUAAUUUUUAGGUGAUACUCUAGAAAAUUAAGACUGACUGUAGGUAAGCAAUUUAAAGAGACUUUCUAAUUCAAAAUUUAGAAAUAAUAUUUUGACCUGCUAAGUUAUUGUCACUGAAACUUCCUAAUGUUAAAAUUUCAUUUGGAAGCAAGUCAAACACAUUAAUAUUAAAAUGCAUUCAUGCUUAGCAUUGAGAUGCCAGUUUAUUUUUAGUUAGAAAAGUUAUCCCAGAUAGUAUCU